GCCACCCCUUUCCUGUGGACUCAGAGCCUCAGGCUCGGCCACUGAGCCGGAACUUGCCACCCCAGCCCUAAAGGUGCCCUGAGGCUGCUGUGAGCAUGGCAGAAGCUCCUGCUGACCCGAGCACAGGAGACGAUUUGGAGCAAAAGAUCCUGCAGGUGUUGAGUGAUGCUGACGGCCCUGUGAAGAUUGCCCAGCUGGUGAAGAAGUGCCAAGUGCCCAAGAAAACACUCAAUCAAGUCCUUUACCACCUGAAGAAGGAGGCCAAAGUGUCCUCUGUAGCCCCUGCAACAUGGCUCUUAGGCGGGGAUGCUUCUGCAGAAGAGCCUCCUGCAGCCCCUGAGGACCCCACUGCCCAGCCUAGUCUCGAUGAAAGAAUCUUCAGAUUCCUGGAGGCCAACGGCCCCUGCAAGGCCCUGCAUAUCGCCAAGGCUCUGGGAAUGAAGACUGCCAAAGACGUGAACCCACACCUGUAUGCCAUGAGGAAUAGCCACCGUCUGAGCUAUGAUGGCCAGAUGUGGACAAUCUAUGGCCCAAGUUGGGAAGGCCCAGAGCUAGCUCAUUCUGGAGUCCGAGAACGGUCCACUGCGAUCAUUUACCAGCAGAAUCCAGUCAACAUGAUCUGCCAACAAGGAGCCAACAGCCACAUCUCCAUUGCCAACUCAGAAGCCAUCCAGAUUGGGCACAGGAAUGUCAUGCAAAUGCAGAUAGCCUGUGAUGAGCUUGGUCCCAGGCCCCCCCAUCAUCUCCCUCUACCUGUGCCAGAGGACCCCUCUGCUCAGGGCAUCACGCCUGGUGCCUUUGGAUCUCAGCAUAUCCACAUGGAGAGGUCCCUGCUCCGGCGAGUGCAGCUGGGCCACGGCAAUGAAAUGAGCCUCCAGAGGGAUCCAGCGGAACACACCACUUACAGCUUUACUGGCAGCCCCCCAGUCUCAGCCACCACUGCUGACCCAGGAACUUCAUUCAACAUGGAAACACCUGGGCCAGGCCCUCACGCUGAGGGGGAUACAGCCCAGAGAGUCCAUAUCAAAUCCAGCUUGAUGGAGGACGCCAUCAUCGGCAACUGCAACAAGAUGACCAUCCACUCUGGGUCAAAGGGUGGAGUCACGGGGUCUGGAGACAGCGAGGAGCCGAAAAAAGACACUGAUGCAAAUUCUAAAGCCACACCAAGCGGAAACUCCUCCCACACUUCCAGCAACUCCAUGCUGCUCACCUCUGAGCUGAGAACGGUGACUCUGGAAGACAGUGACCCCCAGACCACAAAACCUGUGCUUAGAGAGGACAGAGUCCCGGACACGGGGAACGGCCAGACUCAGGAGUGAGGCCAGAAAGCAAUGGAGCAAUAGAACCCAUAGGCUGCCACCUCUGCCACCAUGAGCCAAGCCAACCUUUCCUGCCUCAAGGUCAAUCAAUCAGUCUAUCAAUCAAUCAAUGAUAUGAGCCAGCUCUGCUACACCUGGGUGUUCGCCAAAAGGGGAAAGUCAGCACAGCACAGAGAUACUUGCCCAUCCAUGUAGAUCUGGAACUGACCUUUGCUGUCCAACAGUAAA